UUAUAUAAUAAGGGAGAUUUUUUGGCCUACUUAUUUUUCUUCGUAACACAGAGAUCCAUAGAAGGUCUUUCAAUCUCUUCAAAUUUCGGGAUGGAUCAGAACCAGCCUCCAGGGGAAAACUACGCCCACCCAAAGAUUUGUUUCUUUCACGUCCUCUUCAAGGCUGCAUCUUUGGCGUUUUACAUACUUUCUACCAUUUUCGUUGAUAGCUUUGUCAUUAUAUUUGUGGUGACUGUACUCCUUGCUGCUUUGGAUUUCUGGGUAGUCAAGAAUGUGAGUGGGCGCAUCUUAGUUGGUUUGAGGUGGUGGAACGAAAUAAAUGAUCUAGGAGAGAGUGUGUGGAGAUUUGAAUGCCUUGACCAAGAGUCAUUGGCUCGGAUGAACAAGAAGGAUUCAUGGCUAUUCUGGUGGACCCUUUACCUUGCGGCGGUUGUAUGGAUCUUGCUCGGGAUAUUCUCUCUCGUAAGGUUUCAAGCUGACUAUCUGCUAGUUGUAGGGGUUUGUUUAACCCUCAGCCUUGCAAAUAUUAUUGGCUUUACCAAAUGCCGCAAAGGUGAGCAAGCAGUCUUUUGGACUUGGAUCAUAAUUCAAUACCCUCCUAAUCUUGUUUGCCAAAAUGUGAUCUUCACACAUUUAUGUAAUCUGUAAAUGUUCCACUUUAAACGACCGUAGGAUUAUUGUUUCAUCUUCAUGUAGAAACUAUGCAUUUAGGAUUUCACUUAGUACCAAUUACCAAAUAACUAGCCAUGGCACAGGAAAUAUAUGUGGAGUAACUUGAUGUGGCCCUAAAUCGAGCCAAAUGACAAAUUAGAACCUAAAGCUCUUUGUAACUAGAUAUUUAAUGAUGUUGUAUGGUAUCAUUUAUCCAGUUAUACUGAUAUUGGCAUUCAUAUCCACGGGAUGUCCUGACAUACCCUUCUUGAUUGCACUAAAGAUGGUUAAGCUAGUCAACAUAACUAUCCUCUUUCAGACUGUUUGUUCAGCUUCUUUGAUUUUAUCUUUUUAUCAUUUCAGUUUCUGGCACUAUUACUACUAUCAUAGCCAAUCUUUUCAGUCUCUUGUGGCUUCUCAAUCUUGUUCAUUCUUUACUUCUUGUUCCUCUCAGAUGCCAAGAAGCAGAUUCAGGCAUUUGCCUCCCAGACCAUCGCUUCACGGGUUUCAUCCACAUUACAGUCGGCAUUCAGCGUGGUCUGAGUUUUCAGAGAGAAAGAUGGAAGCUGGGAAGUGGGUGAUGGCAUGUACAUUGUUACUGUACCGGAUUGUAUCAAACUUGGUUCUUGAUAAGCUCCUUGGAGAUAUAUCACAGGGAAGACCCAGAUGCUCUUUAUGACGUUUUCUUUAUAUUUUUUUUUUUUCUGGGAUCUUAAACGUUUUGUAUGAUGAACAUUUUCACUCUGUCAAAACUCAAUAGCACUUUUAUUGACAA